UGAAUUGCCCUGCUGCCACGCAUGAGCGUGGCAGCAGGGCAAUUAAUAAUUUGGUUUCAUGAGAAACCAAACUAACAACAAUUAUUAGUGGCCAAAAAGUAAAAGUAAUAAGUAUUGUAAAAUUAUAAGUAUAAUUUAAGUAAAACAUUAAAGGAAAGUAAAUACAAAAUACAAACUACAUUGUUUUGAAAUCCAACAAUCUUUUCAAGUCAUGUCUUUCAGUCUAAGGGUUAAAAAAGAUGGUCUUCCUUUCUAAAAAAGUAGUACCAUAAAUAAACAAGAGGGAAAAUAAAAAAUCAACAAAAACUAGCAUGCUUCUUGUAUCCUGAAGGCAUUUACCGUUAUAAUAGCAGUUUUUGUUGAUUCCAUCGUCGCUUGUAGCCCAUUAAAAGGAAAAUCAAAUAAAUAAAUAAAAGCUUCUUGACUUUUUUUGAAAUUUAGAUGCGUACGUUAUGCCAGUUGGCAAGUAAAAUAUGCUAGGAAUAAUUUUACUGUAGAAAGUUAUGGAAAAAAAUUUAGAUACAGAUUCUAUCUGAUGUCAAGAAUGUUUUCGAGAUAAAUCCCAUAGCAAUAACUCAUCUAGCUAUUUAUUUUGCCCAUAGGUAUCUCCAACGUAUACGAAUAAAUUUAAUAUAUAUGUUAGCACUAACGAUUAUACUUUUAAUUUAUUUAAUUCUUUUCAUUGACUUUGAUGUUUCAACUGCUUGAUAUAUAGUGAAAUGCAUCUGACAAGUGGCUUAAAUACACACCUUAAUUCCAAUUCUUCGCCCCAGGUUGUACUCCCGUAGUUAGUCAGGUAGUAAGGCUAGGUGCAGGUUUCAUGCGUUUUUCUCACGUAAAGUAAAUAAGAAUCAAUUUCCUUUAGAAAGUUCUCCCCGAAGGCAUGUCUUUUCGACGGUUAAUAGGCCUGAUCUGUUUUGGCAUAAUCUAAUCCAGUCCAAUAAUUUCAAUGUUCGUUGAUAACAGAUGAAAUUCUAUAACAUAUUAUUUGCCAGUAUUUGAAUUAAUAUAUAUGUCAUAAAAAUAUUUUAAAUAACUUCGGAUAAUUAUUUAUUCAGCUGAUACUUAUGUUUGGAAAACUGUAUUUUAAAUUUUGACUUUUAAAAUAUUUAAUUACAUUUGAUACGGAUAUAUAUUUAGUAUUAAAUCAUCCCAUCUUUUGCACAUCUCCCCUCCUCGUAUAUAAAUAUUGGUACGAGUCCAUGAUACAAUCAGAAAUACACGUGAUUUUCACUACUUAAAUUAAUAAGAUAAAAUUGACUAUGUAUUCACGAAUUAGACGUAUUAUAAGAGUAAUAUACGAUAGACACAGAGAGAAUACGAGGGUUCGGUAGCCCUUAUCCUUCUGACAGAGCUCUCUACCAUUUUGUUCCACUUCCCAAGAAAGUACCUGUACAUGUUCAGCCUUCACGUUAUUCGCUGGCUGCUACUUGCGAGCCAAGGCCUAGGCGACCAACGAAAACCCUAACGCCGUUUCGCAUUGGCGCAUGGCCGACCUACACUUCUUUCUCGUGACGUCACCAAUUUGUUCCCACCUUCGUUUACAUCCACUGUAGCUCAUUCACCACACCAAUUCUCUCUAAAACAUCUAUUAUGCUAUUACUGACAACCACAACAAUCCGAUUCCCAAACCCUCCGCUCAUCUGAUCCACAAUCAAAAUUAAAUAAAACUGAAUUACAAAACUAUUCUACGAUAAUGACGUCACUUGUCGUUGCGGUAAAGCACUCCCUGAAACAGCCAAUGAGAACCCCGUCGGACAUUGGCAUGUUACAUGACGGUUAUGCGGACACGUGAUCUUGAAGACUAAAGGCAGGGUGUUGUAUUCGACAAACCCUGCCCUGUUAUUUAUUUCAUGUUUCCAAUGGUUAGGCAUAUUUGGUAUUGUGUCCAUUAUGGGCACUUGUGGUUUUGUUUAGACAAUGUAACUCAUAAUGAAGAUAAAAGUGGGCAAGAUUAUGAAAGCCAAAACUUCUUAUUCAAGUCAACGUGAAACUGUAGUAACAUCUAGCUUUAGAGCAUGCAGUUUUGCAAUGGACGAUGGAGGUCGUUGUCUGCUUGACGUGAUUAAUGAUCCACUUCUGCUGCAGUCUUUCUUGGAGAGUGGUAGUGAUGAGAAUUCUAAGGAUCUACAAGAUGGGACUUCUUCUGAAUCAGCUGUUGAAAGUCCACAGGUAUCCAGGAGUUCUCAUGCUUCACUUUCAAACCAUAUUUCAUCAGCUGAACACAUAGUUGAACAAACAGAGCAAAUGGGGUACAGUUACGCAGUAGACAGUCAGGGUUUGUUGGCUCAAAGUGGAGUAUGCCCCUCUAGUUCUGGUGGUGGGGGGAUGUCGCUAGUUGUAGCAUCUUCCUCAGUUGGACCACAAACGUACCAGCAUGCUUCAUCAAGUGGAGCUACUAUUCAUCAUAUUCCAUCAUCUGUUGCACACUCUUCGUUGCAUCCACAUUCCCCUGCUUCAGCACGACCUGCAACACCUCUUUCUCAUAACAUUAAGUCACCUGGUCAAGGACCUUCUUCUGUACAUAGUAUGCCUCCUCCUUCUCCUUUGCAGCAAACACGGUCACCUUUGCCAUCUCAUACACCUUCUCCAGCUCCUGCUUGGUCUCCUGCCCCACCUGUGUUAUCUCCUGCCACAAGCCGAGCUCAGUCAUCAAUGCCUUCUGUUGCUUUCCAGCAAUCUCACAAUCAAAUACUACAAACAACAUGCAAUGUGACACAGUUUGUGACUGCUUUAGCAACUCAGCAGUCUAUUACUCAGAAAUUAACUCUUCAGCAGCAGCAGCAAUUGUUUCUGCAACAACAGUUGUCACCUGCUUCUCAACAGCAAUCUGCUCCACGGCUGACAGGUGUAACUUCACCUGUGGUCACAACUGCAGCAGUUGCAGUCACUCCACCAAUGGUGCAAUUAAUAUCUGCACCACAGUCAAACGUAUCUUUACCUACAAGGACGUCUCAUAGUACUGUUCGUCCUAUUCAACCAAAGUUACCACCGCAAAUUUUGCCGAAACCUGCUACUUGCAGUGCUUCAAGUCAGUUUGUUACUCCGGCUCCUGCUCCAAAACAGACACCCCCAACACCUGUUACUGCUGGUCAGAGAACUGUAGGCGUUGGUAUUCAGCCAGGAGCAACAGGCCAAUUGGUCAUUGGUCAAGGACAACCUGGUGUUUUCUCUGGGCCGCAGGGUACUAUUGUACUUAACCAAAUUAUUCCAGGUGUUGGGCAAAGUCCUAUUCUUAUACAAGGCAAUUUGAGUAACCUUGCAAAUAUUCCAGGACUUCAGUUAACUUUAAGGCCUCCCAGUAGUGCCUCUCCUGGUCAGCCAAUGAAUUCUACUACUUCUCAAAAUAAUGCAACUCUGAUUGCUGCACUUCAAGGUCCAAGUCAGCAUGCUCAGACUUUGUUUGCACAAGCAAAGUCUCCUAUUCAUGGUCAGCAAACUAUUGUGAUUCCUAAUAAUAUAGCACAUGCUGGCAUAACCUCACAAAAUAUAAAUUUGACUUCUACAGCAAUACCAAAUAGUAAUAUCAUGUCAUCAUCCUCUCAAGGUCAGGGUUUUUUGGCUAGAUCUAAUAUUAUUCUUUCUCCAAGAGUUGUUGGUGGAAAUCAAGGUUUGCAGCUGCAGCAAAUACAAACUCCACAAGGUCCUAUUUUAGCUUUUGCUCCUAGCCAAGCCAUAGCUGUUCCUCAUUUGCAAACAGCAUUACAGAAUGCUACAUUGGGAAAUGCACAGCUGGCACCUGUGACAGUCCCUAUGCAUGGAGUUAUGGCUGCUGGUCAGGGAGUCAUAUCUGGCAUAUCCCUCCAGUCUCAUGCACCACAAUCUGCCUUACAACAGCAAACACAACAGAGUCUUUUCAGUACUGCAGUUCCUUUUACUAGCCAUUUAGAACAGUCACCACAUCAAGUGAUACAAGUGCCACAGCCUCUGGCUCCACAUCAAGUCUCUGUUAAUCACCCAAAUCAAUUGCAAAGCCAGCAACAGCAAGUUGAACAUUCUCCUAAGCCUGCAUCUCCACCAAAGCCUUCCAAAGUUCCAAGUGUAAAUUUAGAAGAAUUAUUGAAAGAGCAUGGCAUUGUGCCAGAGAACUCUCCCCCACCUUCUCCUGAUUCUAAUUCUCCUUCAAUGGAGGAUACAGUUCCUUCUCAACUGCAGCCUUCAAGUACUGUUGUACCUUCACCACAUUUAAUUACAGCCUUGCAGUCUCAACAAGUCUUGUUAGAACAGCUAAGUCAGAGCCCGCAAGGACAUGCUUCUGUACCUCUAAAACUCGCAUUCACUCAAGAUGGGAGUGUCAUUUUUCAGCCUCACAGUUCUUUUGGUGGGACACCCAGAGUUCACCAGUAUGUUUCUUCUGGACAAGUUCAUGGAAGGGCUACCAGUUCUGUAGGUUCUGUAAUUCUUCCCACUGUAACGACAUCAUCUGUGUCAGUUCCUGUUGUCACUACCGAACCGUCUACAUCUCGUAAUCAUUCUGCCUUAAUUGCAAGGUUGAAUGCUGGUCCAGCAAUUAGUGUUCCUGAAGUGUCACCUAUAGCUGUGGUAUCAUGUGCAGGUGGAUCCACUACUACAUCUAUUACUACCACCACUAUCACGACAACUACAACAACUCUUGUGCCAUUGACAGUCCAAAGUCUAAAUGUUAAUAGUUCUCCUAUUGCCAGUAGUUAUAUUGUACAGAAAACAAAUCCUUUACCUACUGGUACAGAGAGAGUAUUUGUUGCUGAAGAUGUUAUUCCACCUCAAAAUAAUGUAACAUCUGUGAUCUCAUCAAAUCCUGUGCAAAAUAUUCCAAAUAGGAUCAAUCAUGUCAAUUCUGGAUUUCAGGCUUUAGUUGUUCCUAAUGAACAUUUGGCUAGAACAUCUCAGAACACUCCCAAAACAGUGCAAUCUUCCCACAUGGGAAAUGGAAGUACAACUAACUCUCAAAAUGUAGUACAACCAGAAUUGGAAAAAAGUGUGCCCAAUGAUACACAUAGAGAAAGUGCUGAAAUUACUGGUGCUCCUGUGCCAAGCCAUAUUCAUCCAGCAUUCUCAUCUAAUGUGCCAAACCAAGCUCUUGUUCAAAAAAUACAUAAAGAAAUAAGUGAACUUGUAACUUUAAAGUACCGAACUCAAGAGCAACAACGAACUCUUAAUCAUCUGCUGGCUUUUCAACAAAAAUAUACAGGGCAAAAUAGAAGUGGCAAAGGAUGUCGAGCUAAUCAGAAUCAGGUACGAGCUGAGGAAGUUGAUCGACUUAUACAACAAAGGCCUCAGAAUAAUCCAACAUCAGUAGUUAAUGAACCAUCACCACAUUUGCAGCUGAAAACACCAGUCUUGGCAACACAGCAAUCUGUUCAACACGAGAAACAACAAAAUGUGACAAAUUCAAAAGUUGUUGCUUCUCACAAUGUACAUUUAGUAAAUCUUUUGAAAAAAGGUCCACAUCAUAAUGCUCCAGUAAAGCACAUUGCUCCUGCAACUACAUCCAUAACUGCAAUAUGUGACAGUACAACAACGGUUCCCAAUGUUACAGUAACAACUCACCAACGCGUUAACCAAGUUAUCACUCCAAAUCAGCAGAGGCUACCAACUGCGCAUGGACAGUGUAACAAACAAACAAAUGAAGUAGCACAGCAACAGGUAAUAGUGCGGAUGCCGAAACCUCAGCAGCAAACUGGCCAGGCAUGUCCCAAUAUUGUCCAGUUGAAAGCCCCACCACCACCACCACCACCACCGCCGCCUCCUGCAGUUAAGAGAGUUGUAAACACUGUACCUAGAACUGUUUUAAUAAAUGAACAACUAACAAAAGAUCAAAACGGUGCUCUAAAUCCUGAUGUAAAGACACCUUUCUCAUCUAUAGAAGAUGCCUGCAGGAGAUUGUUGCCUUUUCAUGUAUAUAAUUCUAAGGUUCCGUCAGUUGUUGAAAUUGAAAAAGCUGAUGAAACUUUUAAUAAGGUUGCUGUUACGCUCCUAGAUAGGUUCAGACGUUUAAAAAACAAGUAUCAUCUUCUUCAAAUUAAAGAGAGCAUGCUGCCAUGUGCAACACCAGAUCAGGUUUUACUUGAAAGAUUAUUCAUUGAGGACGAAGAAGCUGCCUUACGUGAAGAUAAAGCAUUAAUUGCUGAGGGGAAAAUUUUAGAUCUUCCUCCACCACCUCAAAGCUGGUUAAAGAAAUUGCAUUCUUCGUGUAGUUCUCCAUCUACAUCAUCAAAUCACCAGGCAGUAGUUAAAGAAGAAGCAGAAACAGAUUCUGAAGAAAAUACUGAAAAAGAAUCUAGUGAUCCUCAUGUACCAGAAGACAGUGAUCUUUUGUAUAAAGAAGAUGACAAUUUAGAAGCUCCUGUGAUUGAUAGUUGUGCAGACAUUAUGGUGCCGCAAAAUGAUUACAAUUGUGAACGUAGCCCUCCAACAUUAAAAAGGAUAGUGAUAAAGCCUGAAAAACUUUCAGAAAGGGAUUUGGAGGAACCAUUAACUAGAAAACGAUUUAAAUUUAACAAUAUGUGUGUUAAACCAGAAACAGUGGGAUGUGAUUGGAGUCAUGAUGGUACACACAAUAAAUUAGUGAGUUCAAAACACAGUGAUAAAGAUAAUGACUUGAAAACUAAUCACAAGUACCUUCAUGCCCCUUUGACUCGUGAUUCAUUUCACAGUGAUAAUAGGUUAGAUGUUGAUAUGAUGGCUAAAAUGUUAAAUAUAUCUCCCAUGGAGAUUGAUGAUGAUAUAGAAACGGUUGAUUUUGAGCCUCCAAGUGGGACAAAUGAUUUGGCAGACUUUGAGCCACCUGUGGCAAGGACAGAAGAAUCAUGUAAUUCAAAUUUGUUAUAUAAUAGUAAUAUAAGAACUAAUUGUGAAGUAAAAUAUGACUUUGAUAUGUUGGGUUGUCCAGCGUGGGCAGAUGAUUACGUCCAUCACCCGCCAAAUGAAUCAGAUGUGAAUGCUGACACCAUUAUGAGUGAUCAUGGUAAUCCAUCAGAUUUAGAUUUAUCUGGUUUAGAUGGACUUGAAGAUCAUUUAGAAGGGAGUCAGCAUGGUAUUCCAAAUGGCAUUCAAAAUGAUGAUGAUUCUGCAGUAUCAGGCAUGAGUUAUAUAGGGUAUCGUAUUCCUAAACAUCAGAAAAGGUAUACAGAUAUUGCAGCACAGUCUGCAAGCAACUGUUCAAACAAUGAACAAGUUCAGAGUGCCAUUAAAAGUAUUACAGGAACGCAUGCCGAAAACACCCGUCGUUCCUAUUUCGGUGCUGAUGAUGUUGAAUUUUUGCACUUAAACAAGCAGAGCCAUAAUGCGCACAUCACAGACUAUGGCGGGAAUAUAGAUGCAGAAAUGGGCGUAACUAGAGGUGAAUCAGAUGAGGUUUUGGAUGAAGCGGUACGUAGUAUAUUACUAUGAGAUAGGUGGUUCCAUUGUCAUUUCUAUAAGCUGCCUGCCCAACAUCACUGUGCACUUAUUUAUUGUCAUUGUUGGAUUUGCCUGUUAUAUAAAGUUAUAUUAAUUUCAUUCUCAUGUAUAGUUUGUGAUAUAAAAGUUCAUAAUUACCCUUAAUAGUUGUCAUUGAAAAGUGAAAUCUGAACUUAGGGCUGUUUAGCAAUAAUUUAAAUAUCACUUAUAAUGAGCAAUAUUGAAAGUCAAUCUAUAAAUGUUUUUAAGGUUAUAAGUAGAAUAACUCAGUUUCUUUCCUGUUCAUAAUUGUAUUUUUGAAAUGUUUAAAAAUUUAUUUAUUUUGUAAUUUAAAAGAUAUUAUUUGAUGCUAUAAAUGUUUAAAUAUUUCAUUAAGAGUUGUUUGCCAAUGUGUAGUACAAAGGGAAAAGAGAAAUAUGUGGAGGUAAUUGCUUGUCUUUCUGUUGAUUAUAAUGUAAUUAAUUGCUCAAAACUAAAAGUACUUAAUCUUGCUCAUUUUUAUCCUAUGCAAAGUGUUUUUUUUUUUUUUUUUAAACAUUAGUACAUAUUUGUCUGCUUAGAAUGUUUAGGAUUCCCUUCUAACAUUAUUUUUUUUUUCUUUUAAUUUUAUGUAUCAGAGAUGAAAUUACGUGUUUUGAAGUUGGCGAUAGUUUCCUUUUUCAAAUAGUUCAUGUUGUUUACAUAUUUAAUAUGCAUGUGAAAUUUUCAUUUGUGAUUUUUCUGUGAUGUAUGAACAAACGAACUGAAAUGAAUCAUUUAAUAAUAAUUUUAUUAUUUUUGACGUAAGCAAUAUAAAUAUAUAUAUAUUUGUAUGCAAAUGUAGAUUUUAACAGGCUUACAGUUUUUAGAAAAUUAUUUACUGCUUGAAAUGUAAAAACCAAAUGUUAAUUAAGGCCGUUAUUUCUUUUGAUGAAUUGAAGAUUAUAUAUAUCCCGAAUAGCUUAAUAUGAAUGCAAAAUGAACUUUUCUCAUUCCAAUGAAUAAAAAAUAUGUUUUCAUUUGAGAAAUCAUCUAAUUGCAGUUUAUCCCUUCCCCUUAAAAAAGAAAAGAAUAUAUACACUUUUGUGUUCCUCAUAAGUUUAUAAAAUUAACUUUUUAGUUAUCCGUGAAAAUACAUUCCAUAUUGUUAUUACAGCAAGUAUUGUGAAUGUGGUAGAAUAUGAUUUUUUGAGCUUAUUGAUUGCUAAAUAAUCUGUAAUCUUAUUUCCAAAUUAUCAUUAAUUUUAUGUAUGGUUUUAAUAAGAAAGUGCCAUUUAAAUUUGAAUAGCUGUAACAUUCAUACAAUCAGUACAGCAGUUUUAAUAUAAAUAGUGAUGUUCAGCUUCAUUAAUUUCUGAAUUUUUUUUUCCAUCUAUUAAAAGUAGCCAUUACUAUGCAAAUAUUUUAUGCAAGUUGUUUGGUUAAAAAAGAAAUCCGUGUAUAGCUAUGCAAUACAGAAUUUUAUGGGAUGCAUUUUGUAAAAUAAUGAUGGGGCUAAUGUUUAUUGGUCUCAUUUAGCAUUAAAAUAUGGUUAUGGUCAGUGUUUGCAGUAAGUUGCUUGAAAUCAAAAUUUGACAAAUUUCAAAACUGUAACUGACAAUUCCUGCAUGUUAAAAAAAAAAAAAGUCUUGCUCAAGUUUAAUCUCUGUCACAGGCUUUUUAAGUUCAUUUUUAUGAAUAAAUACUGUGAUGCUAAGUUACAUUUGCAUAUAUUAAAUGACUUAUUUUUAGGCAUAUUUAUUACAGCUAAUAAAAACUAUCUAUUUGAAUAGUAUUGAAAAAUUUCUAAAAGUUAUUGAAGAAUUUUGUAUGAAAUGCUGUUCAGUUUUUUUCAAGUUUUUGCAGAAUGGUGAAUCAGCUAAACAAUAAAUGGUGGCUUUAUUUUUAGUUUUCAACACAUAAUUAAAUAACUUUAAAUUUAAUCUUGGGAGUUUCCACAUAGCCAUAAUUGUAUAUUGUUGUGUACAAUGUCAAGUGAUAUUAGUUCCUAUAGUGAUGUGUAAAAUUGUUACUUGAGCAUAGAUGGUAAAAUUUUAUGGAUCAUUUGUUAUGGCCUCCAACAUUUAUGUAGAAAAACAAAUUAUGAUAAUACUGAAAUUGUUAUAUUAAUUCUGUAGUGUAAACAUGGAUAAAACAUCUUUUAAAUAUUUUUUGGAGGGAGACUUGCUAAUUAAAAAGAACAUUUAUGCUAAUAAAAUGAAAAGCCAUUGAAAUUGUUAUAUUAAUUCUGCAGUAUAAAUAUGAAUAAAACUUUGUAUUUUGUGGGGAGGAUAUGUAUUAAUUAUUUGAGGAAAUAUUUAUGUUAAAAAAUAAAAAAAUUGCCCAUAAAUUUUUUGAAAUAGUGUGAUGUAGCCCCGUUCUUCAAUAGACACUAAAAUGCCGGCUAGCUCUAAAAGGAUUUAUUUACAGAGCACGCAGGAACGGUUACAAACAAAAAAUAUAUGUACAUAAAAAUGAAAUGUAUACCAAAUGGAACAUCAAACAUUAGAAUUACAGGGAUAUCUAGUACAUGGUAACCUAUCAUCAUCGCGGCUGGAGGUCGACUGCUGUUUUUCCUCUUCGCCACUAGAUGGCAUUCAAUAAAAUAGUUCGGUAGCAGUUAAAAUAGUUCUGUUACAAUAGUAGAUUUAUGUGUUCAUUUCAAAUUAAAACAUUCAUGUCAAUUCAGCUGAGUUUUUUUUAAAUUCUAAACUUAAAAUAUUUUUUUGAGCUUUGCUUAUGUAAUGUGUAAUGACUUUUCUUUAAUUAACUUGCCGAAUCUAAAUAAUUAGCUGUUUUAAUUGCUAAACUUGAAAUGUGUAAACAGGAUUUCUCAACCAGGUGGGGGAUUUCAUAAUUUCAGGGGCAAAUGUGAUAAGCUUUUUAUUUACCGGGUUUUUUUUUUUUUUUUUUUUUUUAAGUUUAUGGAUAUAAGGAAUUAGUUUAUUCAAGUUUUGAUAUUUUAUUAACAUUUUUCUAUGCGUGUUUGAUUUAUAAAACACAUAAAAAAAUAAGCUAAAUUUAAGUAAAUGUAUAUGUAUUUUCCAACUUUUGGAAAGGACAGGGAGAUUGUUUAGCAGUGGUAAAAGUAGUGCUUGAGGCAAAAAGGUUGAGAGCCUCUUGUUUUAAAGCACUUUGUGUUUUCUUCUCUUCAAAAAGAAAUAAAAGAUUUCAUUUCGGUGUCCGACAUACUAAGUAUAUAAAUGUUUUUAGGAUCUGAAAAGUUAAAAAAAGGGUAGGGGUCAUCAGGAAUUGUUUGUUAUGUAUUAUGUUUAUUUAUUUUAAAGAAGUGUGCCAGAAAUGCUUAUCAGACUGUUAUGGAAUUAAUUGUAAUUAUCAGACUAGACCUAAUUAUUCAAAUUUUAUCAUACAGCAAGCACUGACCUGUAUUAAAAUAGUGUUGUGAAGCAGGCAGCUUGACUAUUUGCCUUUGAGUAAAUUAUUGUAGAUGUUUUGGCAACUUUAUUGGAUGAGUGAUGCCGUUGUGUUUCAAGCAGAAAUAAUAGUAAUUUCCAAGACUUCUCCCUUCCCCUCAUUUUCCAUUCUGUAAAAUAAAGAAAAAUUAUUUGUAUAUACAUUGUCAUGUUUUCUAUAAAGUGCCUAAUGGCUUAAUGCAAUUUUUACAUGCAUUAAAAUUGGUAGUGUAAAAGAAUUUGCCAUUAAUUUAAGAAGUUUCUAAAGUUUUUAUAACUAAACAAAAUUUACACUCAACAAAAAUGAAUUUUAUAAAAAAAGAAACUUUUUUAAUAUUUGUGUAUUACAAAUGUUUGGUUUUUUAUUAUGGAUAUGAAUUUCUGUAUUAAGUCAUUUUGAAUUUUUUAGUUUAACUAAAAAUUCAAGUUAUUAUCAGUUAGAGAGAAUAUCUGUGUACUAUUUUAGUUCAGUAUAAGAUUAUUUUCAAGAGACUGUGAAAUUUCAUCUAAGUACUUUACAUUUGAUUUCAGUAUAUUUUUUUAUUAACAGUAAAUAUUUUAUAUUUCAAAAUUUCAUAAAAUUUUUUUAACUAAUGCUUUUGAUGUAUUUAAAAAUUUAAAGUUUAAUUUUAAGCUUAUUUUUCUCAUUUCUAAGACUUGUCAGAGAGCAGCUGUUUUUAGGAGAUGAUGUUCCUUAGUUAAAAAAAAAAAAAAAGCUGAUUAAAAUUGGUUGUGUAAAAGUCUUAGAAGUCUUUUACAGUCUCUUGUACUACUAAUAUAUAUAUAUAUAUGACACCAAUCGAUAUAUAUAUAGCUAUAUAUAUAUCUAUAUAUAAAAAGAUAAAUGUAUAUUUUACGUAAAGCACAUUCUGACUGUGAUGUAGUUGAGUGAAACUUGGAGGAUAAAUCACCAAUGUUGUUAAUAAUCAUCUGUGGUGCCACUUAACCGUCUUUCAGUUUAAGCAGCAGAUGGUGAUGCCAUCCUCAUGCUUCUUAUAUGGUUCCAAAAAUAAUGAAAUAAGCAAGGGCAUCACUUUGAGAAUAUGUAUGUAUGUAUGUAUUGUAUGUAUGUGAUAAAGCUCAAAUUGUAAGAUUUGGUUUGUAUGUCAUUUCAAAUUAAUUGUAGCAUCUCAGGGGUAGAAGUCAUUACCUGAAGAGGCUGUACAGAAUGAUCUUUGAAAUGCAUUUUUCUACAAAAAUGGUUGUACAUAUUUUAUUAAACGUCCUGAGCUGUCAGCAAAACUACUA